GCUGACUCAUGAAGACAGCUAUUCCUAGCCAUUUCCAGAAAGAGGGGGUACUAGUAAUGUUCUAGUGCUGUUAAAAUGUUCUAGUAACCAUAUUUUAAAAAAGAUAAAAGAGAAACAGGUAAAAUUAAUUUUAACACUAUGUUUUAUGCAACCCCAUUGUCUAAAAUAGAGUCAUUUCAACGUGUCAGUUGAAAAAUUAUCAGUGAGAUAUUUGACAUUUAUUUUGAUACUCAGUUUUUUGAAAUCUGUGUGUAUUUUACACUUACAGCCUGUUUUCACUUGGACUGAUCACAUGCCUGGUGAUUGCUGGUCAGAUGGAGGUGGGGACCACUGUCCCAUGCAUAGAGAUCGGAACAAUCAUCAGGUCACUAGGCUGCUGCCCGAGUGAAGGAGAGCUCCAUGACCUGAUUGCAGAGGUAGAGGAAGAAGAACCCACCGGAUACAUUCGAUAUGAGAAAUUUCUUCCAGUGAUGACCGAAGUACUGCUGGAAAGAAGAUACAGACCAAUUCCAGAAGAUACACUGCUUCGAGCAUUUGAGGUGUUAGAUCCAUCUAAACGUGGAUUUCUCACUAAGGAAGAACUGAUCGAGUAUAUGACUGAAGAAGGUGAGCCUUUUUCGCAGGAAGAAAUGGAAGAAAUGCUGUCUGCUGCCGUUGACCCAGAAUCGAAUUGCAUUCAUUACAAGGACUACAUAGCCAUGAUGGUGGUGGACGAGAGCUAGGUACCCUGGAGACUCAUUGAAAGGAUGACUAUAGACAUGGCCUGUCCUCGUUAAUUUCACAUCUUAUAAUUAAUGCCCAGUGACAACUAUUUUGCAGUACUUUGGAUUGUAAAGAUGAGCACCAAUUUAUUUGGUAUGUCUAGCCUUAUGGAAUGACCAAUGGCUAAUUAUUUUAAAGCUUGUUCUUAAAAACAUUUUAACAUUAUCUGUGGAUUGUUGUGGAUUUUCUACAAUAAAACCCCAGUGACCUUCAAAUUCAUUAUGCUGACAAAAUGAAGAACGACCAGAGUGACCCCAGGUUGGGCAUAGAAAGAUCUUGGGAGGGGACAGAGUGAGCACAAAGUGAGGGCCAGUAUCAACGUGCUGAAACAAACAACAAACAACGAACCUUCAACAUCGGGAUGGGAGGGGGUUGUUGAAAGGAAUAUUAGUAAUUAACCCCUUACGAGUGUCAUUUAUAAAUCUCAUCUGAAAUGUUAGUAACUUAGUGUGACAAUGUAAGUGUGCUGAUUCAGUGUGUUACCAUUUGCAGAGCAGGUAACGGAGUUGAGGUCAUUGACUCUAGAGACAAGAAGACUGAAUGGAAAUUGACAAUGUAAGGGAGUGGCCAUACUCUUCUGGUCUUUCGAAUUCUUAGCUGUUCUCAUCGAAUUUAAGUUGAAAAAUAAACA